AUGGCUAAAGCGGAAUCUUGUCCAAGGAACAGUGUGGAGCGACUAAACGUCGAUUUCAUGCGUUCUCUGGUUAAACAGUAUUCAGAACUGGGUCAGUGGACAAGUGCCUUUUUCUGGGCUGAUGCAGCGGCAGCAUCAACUGGAUCUGAUGUGGCCAGUGGUGAUGAUAUAUGGCUGCUGGCUAGUACAAUGCUUGCUAAGGGUGAGCUUCAUAGAGCAGCUCACGCUAUCACAUCAAGAGCUCUACAUGUGAACCACUUGCUUUGCCUUGGUGUUGCAAUGCGAGCAUACAUAACAGCUAAGGAACCCGCAACAGCUCUUACUCUAUUAGAUGAAUGCUACCCAGCCCUACUGGAACCCACUAACAUGAACCAAACACAUAAUCGUGCCUUAGCAGGCGUCCUAGUUUGGCAAGCAAAGGCUCUCGCAUUGCAAGAGCGACGGGACGCCGCCAUAGAAGCCCUGACCUCGGCCCUAAGAGCUGACGUAGCGUGCUACGAAGCCUUAGAUUUGUUGCUGGAACAACAUGCUUUAACCCCUAGUCAAGAAAGUGAUCUCAUAGAAUCUCUGCCUAUAAACAAUCAAUUAAGUGCGGCGGAAGCGGCGUUAUUACGGGUCGCGUAUCGGGAGCGGCUUUUGCGAUAUGCGCCAUUACGGAAUCCGCCUGAUAAUGAUCAAUCUCGAACAGCCGUAGACAUAGCCCGGUCUCGUAGUGUAACAGGGGCAGAGGCCCGGGGGCGUCGCCUCGCAGCCUCCGGGGACUGGGCCGAAGCCCUAAAAGCCUUAGAUGAAGCCGGACCGUGGGCCUGUGCGGACGUGCGAGCGGCUUGCUUGGUGGAAUUAAAGAAAUCGUCGGAGUUGUUCGCGUUCGCCCAUUGCCUUGUGGACUCGUAUCCGCAAGUGUGGACGUCGUGGUAUGCUGUUGGAUGUUAUUAUUAUCUGAUAGGUAAAAAUGAGUUAGCCCGACGAUAUUUAAGCAAGGCAUGCUCUCUGUCGGAGAGUGCGGGCUGUGUGUGGCUGGCAUACGGACACAGUUUUGCAGCCGACAGCGAGCACGAUCAAGCUAUGGCUGCUUACUUCAAGGCGAGUCAACUAAUGCCGGGCAGUUACCUUCCCCUUCUAUAUGUUGGAGUUGAAUGCUGUCUGCUGAACAAUAUGAAUAUGUGCGAAGGAUUCAUGACCAAAGCCGCCAUUUUGCACAGUAAUGCUGAUACAGGAACGGACGUAGUAGACGAAUCGGAUAUAGAGAACUUGGGUCGUUGGGAGCGAGUGACUCGUGUUGUGGGGUCAGCGUUAAUAGCCCACGAAGCGGGCGUGGCCGCGUUCGCAGCGAACGACCUCGAAGCCGCUCGCACGUUGUGGCUACGUGCACUACACGCGGCUGGACCGGGGAAAGAGCAAAGCCCAAUAUGGGCAGCGACGCUGGACUGCUUGGGUCACGUGACCCGUCGGUUAGGUCGUCCCGCUGAAGCGCUGCGAUGGCACGAACGGGCCUUAGCGCUUCGCCCCGCCAAAGCGAACUCCAUCGCAGCCCGGGGGCUCUGCCUGGCCCUCCUCGGUCGGGAGACGGAGGCAGCUGAUGCCCUGCAUUCGGCUCUAGCGAAGGAUCCAGAUAAUGUGGUGGCUAUAGCCCUAUUGGAUGCGAUUGUUGAUCGGUUGGAUGCUGCUCUUACGGAAGAAGAAAUUCCGCAGUUUCCGUUUCCAGCAGUUAAUAUUCCGCCUACGCCCACCCCAGGUGAAACUAGUCUGCCCCAAACCCCACACGACGCUACUAAUUUGUCUGAUAUGAGUAUGAGCUUUGAUUAA